AUGGAUGAUGAUAGAGAAAGAGCCAUAAGGGAGUAUGCUGCACCAAUGUUUAAUGAGCUGAAUCCUGGUAUUGUUAGGCCCGAAAUUCAAGUUGCUCAGUUUGAGUUGAAGCCUGUGAUGUUCCAAAUGUUGCAGAUAGUGGGCCAAUUUAGUGGGCUGCCUAUAGAAGAUCCUCAUCUCCAUCUUCGUUCAUUUUUGGAGGUGAGUGAUUCAUUCAAGUUGCAAGGCGUUACUGAAGAAGCCUUGAGAUUGAAGUUGUUUCCUUUUUCUCUAAGGGAUAGAGAUAAAGCUUGGCUCAAUACACUUCCUUCCAACCCAGUGACUACUUGGCAUGAACUAGUUGAGAAAUGUUUGAUGAAGUACUUCCCUCCAACGAAAAAUGCUAAGUUCCGGAAUGAGAUUGUUUCUUUUCAACAGUUGGAGGAUGAGUCGGUAUGUGACGCUUGGGAGAGAUUCAAAGAGUUAUUGAGGAAGUGUCCACAUCAUGGCAUCCCUCAUUGUAUUCAAAUGGAAACUUUCUAUAAUGUUCUAAAUGCUUCCACACGCAUGGUGUUAGAUGCUUCAACAAAUGGGGCUAUUCUCUCUAAGUCUUACAAUGAAGCAUAUGAGAUUUUGGAGCGAAUUGACAACAAUAAUUACCAAUGGUCUAAUGUUAGAGCUCCAUCGAGAAGGAAAGUAGUGGGUAUUCAUGAAGUAGAUGCUUUGUCAGAUUUGACCGCUCAAGUUUCAUCUAUGACCAACCUAUUAAAGACCAUGAGUAUGGGGGGUAACUUGCAAUCAACUCCUAUGGGCAAAGUAGAAAAUGUUUCUUGUGUUUAUUGUGGAGGAGGGCACACAUUUGAUAGUUGUCCUUCUAAUCCCGCUUCGGUUUGUUACUUGGGGAAUCAAAUUGACAACCGCAACAAUCCAUAUUCAAACUCUUACAAUCCGAGUAGGAGGGAUCAUCCAAAUUUUUCUUGGGGAGGUCAAGGGGCUAGUUCAAGUGGUGCAAUCAUGCCAAAUAAGCCUACAUAUCCAUCGAGGUUUUUCUCAACAAGCAAGAGCUCAGCCUCCUCCUUUACAAGUUUCUCAAACAAGCUCUUUGGAGAAUUUGAUGAAAAAGUAUAUGGCCAAGAAUGA